CAAAAAUUAAAAACAACAACACCGAACCGAACGUGGAUCUUUCACUUUUCGCGAUAAUGUCCUGGUCGCCGUUUGUCGAAUCAAUUUUCUCCUAAAAAAUCGCAUUUUCCGCGUAAAACAAUAGAAAACAUGAACAUAAAUUUUCAAAAAGAAUUAAACGUGUGUUUCUUGGUGUGAACUUGUUGAAUAUUUCCUCACUCUGGUGCUGACCAAGUGUUAUCCUUACCUACAAAAGUGAGAAGCUCAACGUCCGAAAAUGAAGUUGGUUUACAAAAACAUUGACAAGGCCGGCGAUGGGAGCGUGGUGCUGAUUCCCGAAGAACCGGAAGAUAUGUGGCACGCCUACAAUUUGAUCGCCGAAGGAGAUCAAGUUCGAAGCAGUACUAUCCGGAAGGUUCAAAACGAAACUUCCACCGGUUCUUCAUCAAGUAGCCGGGUGCGCACCACUCUCACGAUCAGAGUCGAGUCCAUCGAUUUUGAUACCCAGGCUCAGGUGCUUCGGUUGAAGGGUAGGAACAUCGAGGAAAAUCAAUUCGUAAAGAUGGGUGCCUACCAUACGCUGGACCUAGAGUUGAAUCGCAAGUUCCAACUCACGAAACCGGAGUGGGACUCGAUUGCUAUCGAGCGGGUCGAAAUGGCCUGCGACGUGACACAGAGUGCUGACGUUGCGGCCGUGAUCAUGCAGGAUGGGCUGGCUCACGUGUGCUUGAUCACGGCCAGCAUGACGCUGGUUCGCAGUAAGAUCGAUGUCGCCAUUCCGCGGAAGCGAAAGGGAAACGUCCAGCAGCACGAGAAGGGACUGGCCAAGUUUUACGAUGCCGUUAUUCAGGGAAUUAUUCGGCACGUUAACUUCGAUGUCGUUAAGUGUGUGUUAAUUGCAUCACCUGGGUUCGUGAAGGAUCAAUUCUUUGAAUACAUGUUCCAACAGGCGGUGAAAACAGAUAAUAAGGUGCUAUUAGAAAACAAAAGUAAAUUUAUGUUAGUUCAUUCGUCAUCAGGAUUCAAACACUCGUUGAAAGAAAUCCUCCAAGACUCUGCCGUGAUGGCCAAAAUGUCCGAUACGAAAGCGGCCGGUGAGGUUAAAGCCCUCGAACAGUUCUACACCAUGCUGCAGUGCGAGCCGGCCAAGGCUUUCUACGGCAAAAAGCACGUGAUCAAAGCUGCGGACGCGCAGGCCAUCGAAACUCUCAUGAUUUCGGAUAAUCUCUUUCGAUGCCAAGACGUCGCCACGAGGAAAGAGUACGUCCAGCUGGUCGAUUCAAUACGCGACUCCGGCGGUGAGGUUAAAAUCUUUUCUAGCAUGCAUGUAUCCGGCGAACAACUGGCCCAGCUUACAGGUGUAGCGGCCAUCCUUCGCUUCCCGAUGCCGGAGCUAGAGGACAGCGAAGACGAGCAAAGCGAUUCCGACUCGGAUUGAGGCCGGACUCAAACUCCACGAUCGGUAACCGUGUUACUAUUUAGUUAGGCUAGGCAAAACGCGAUUAGGUUUUUGUUUGAUAGUAACAAUAAUUUAUUUUACCAGCCCCUUUAGAAAAGAAAUUUGAACAUCUUAAUAAUCUAUGAGCAUCUGAAAUGCAGCUGGUUCAACUCAUUUACCGGAUAUUGCGUAAAACGAAUCAAAUGUAAGGAUGAGUUAUAAUAUGAUUAGGUGUACAUAUGCAUAUUCUGAGCGCGAUUUUUUUUUUAUUUUAAUGAUUAACUAUUAGCUUAAUAAUAAAGAUGUUCCAUAGGACUUCUUUUCUAUUAUUUAUA